UGAGGAGACCCCGCAGCGGUGGCAGCGGCGGCGGCUCCUGAACCCCGGGAUGGAGGAGAAAUACGGCGGCGACGUGCGGGCCGGCCCCGGCGGCGGCGGCGGCCUUGGGCCGGUGGACGUACCCAGCGCUCGAUUAACAAAAUAUAUUGUGUUACUAUGUUUCACUAAAUUUUUGAAGGCUGUGGGACUUUUCGAAUCAUAUGAUCUCCUAAAAGCGGUUCACAUCGUUCAGUUCAUUUUUAUAUUAAAACUUGGGACUGCAUUUUUUAUGGUUUUGUUUCAAAAGCCAUUUUCUUCUGGGAAAACUAUUACCAAACACCAGUGGAUCAAAAUAUUUAAACAUGCAGUUGCUGGAUGUAUUAUUUCACUCUUGUGGUUUUUUGGCCUCACUCUUUGUGGACCACUAAGGACUUUGCUGCUAUUUGAACACAGUGACAUUGUUGUCAUUUCACUACUCAGUGUUUUGUUCACCAGUUCUGGAGGAGGACCAGCAAAGACAAGGGGAGCUGCUUUUUUCAUUAUUGCUGUGAUCUGUUUAUUGCUUUUUGACAAUGAUGAUCUCAUGGCUAAAAUGGCUGAACACCCUGAAGGACAUCAUGACAGUGCUCUAACUCAUAUGCUUUACACAGUCAUUGCCUUCUUAGGUGUGGCAGAUCACAAGGGUGGAGUAUUAUUGCUAGUACUGGCUUUGUGUUGUAAAGUUGGUUUUCAUACAGCUUCCAGAAAGCUCUCUAUUGACAUCGGUGGAGGCAAACGUCUUCAAGCUUUAUCUCAUCUUGUUUCUGUACUUCUCUUGUGCCCAUGGGUCAUUGUUCUUUCUGUGACAACUGAGAGUAAAGUCGAGUCUUGGUUUUCUCUCAUUAUGCCUUUUGCUACGGUUAUCUUUUCUGUCAUGAUCCUGGAUUUCUAUGUGGAUUCCAUUUGUUCAGUCAAAAUGGAAGUUUCCAAAUGUGCUCGUUAUGGAUCCUUUCCCAUUUUUAUUAGUGCUCUCCUUUUUGGGAAUUUUUGGACACAUCCAAUAACAGACCAGCUUCGGGCUAUGAACAAAGCAGCACACCAGGAGAGCACUGAACACGUCCUGUCUGGAGGAGUGGUAGUGAGUGCUAUAUUCUUCAUUUUGUCUGCCAACAUCUUAUCAUCUCCCUCUAAGAAAGGACAAAAAGGUACCCUGAUUGGGUAUUCACCUGAAGGAACACCUCUUUAUAACUUCAUGGGUGAUGCUUUUCAGCAUAGCUCUCAAUCGAUCCCUCGGUUUAUUAAGGAAUCACUAAAACAAAUUCUUGAGGAGAGUGACUCUAGGCAGAUCUUCUACUUCUUGUGCUUGAAUCUGCUUUUUACCUUUGUGGAAUUAUUCUACGGAGUGUUGACAAAUAGUCUGGGCCUGAUCUCAGAUGGAUUUCACAUGCUCUUUGACUGCUCUGCUUUGGUCAUGGGUCUUUUUGCUGCCCUGAUGAGUAGGUGGAAAGCCACUCGGAUUUUCUCCUAUGGGUAUGGUCGAAUAGAAAUUCUGUCUGGAUUUAUUAAUGGACUUUUUCUAAUAGUAAUAGCUUUUUUUGUGUUUAUGGAGUCAGUGGCCAGAUUGAUUGAUCCUCCAGAAUUAGACACUCAUAUGUUAACACCAGUCUCAGUUGGAGGGCUGAUAGUAAACCUUAUUGGUAUCUGUGCCUUUAGCCAUGCCCAUAGCCAUGCCCAUGGAGCUUCUCAAGGAAGCUGUCACUCAUCUGAUCACAGCCAUUCACAUCAUAUGCAUGGACACAGUGACCAUGGGCAUGGUCACAGCCACGGACCUGUAGGCGGAGGCAUGAAUGCUAACAUGAGGGGUGUAUUUCUACAUGUUUUGGCAGAUACACUUGGCAGUAUUGGUGUGAUUGUAUCCACAAUUCUGAUAGAGCAGUUUGGAUGGUUCAUCGCUGACCCUCUCUGUUCUCUGUUUAUUGCUAUAUUAAUAUCUCUCAGUGUUGUCCCACUGAUUAAAGAUGCCUGCCAGGUUCUACUCCUGAGAUUGCCACCAGAAUAUGAAAAAGAACUACAUAUUGCUUUAGAAAAGAUACAGAAAAUUGAAGGAUUAAUAUCAUAUCGAGACCCUCAUUUUUGGCGUCAUUCUGCUAGUAUUGUGGCAGGAACAAUUCAUAUACAGGUGACAUCUGAUGUGCUAGAACAAAGAAUAGUACAACAGGUUACAGGAAUACUUAAAGAUGCUGGAGUAAACAAUUUAACAAUUCAAGUGGAAAAGGAGGCAUACUUUCAACAUAUGUCUGGCCUAAGUACUGGAUUUCAUGAUGUUCUGGCUAUGACAAAACAAAUGGAGUCCAUGAAAUACUGCAAAGAUGGUACUUACAUCAUGUGAGAUAACUCAAGAAUUGCCCCUGGAGUAUGAACAAUCAAGAUUAAAUGACUCAGUAUUUGUAAUAUUGCCAGAAGGAUAAAAAUUACACAUAACUGUACAGAAACAGAGUUCCCUACUACUGAUCAAGAAAUCUUUCUUAAAGGAAAUUUAAAUAUAGAAUGAAGCAUUAAUGGUACAAGUGGAGUAAUUAUUUGAAUUAUGUAUAUAAAAGGAAUCAGAUUUUGAGUAAACAUGAUUUAUCACAUCAUCUUCAAAAAUAGAUAGGAUGGAUUGUGGUCCAAAAUUACUUCUGCAUACUUUCUAUCAGAAAGCAUCUCCAUUGUAAAUAUGUAUUUACAUGUUUAUUACAAAGACCCAAAUGAAAAAUUUUUAGUCCAUUUUUUGUGUAGCCUAAGGAUAAAAUAGGAAUAAAAGUUCUAUAUUUGUGGAUUUUCUGUAUAUAAAACUGGUUUCUAAUUAUAACUUAAGUCCAUUAAGUAAUAUCUGUAUUGCUACUUUAAAUGUAAACUAAAAUAUUUGGGAGAAACUUCAACCACUGAUACGAGAUAAGCAGUGAGAAUAGGGAAGUGUAUAACAUCACAGUUUUUUGAUGUAUUACAAAAACCACUCUCUAAAAUAAAUUUUUUUUACUUUUGGUAA